UCGAACAUCCAGUGUUACUGCGAAUAGCAAGAUGAAGCUUCAAUCGGCAGCAGCAGCAGCACACUUUAUUGGCACAACACUUGUUGUACUCGCCCUAGUCACAAAUGGAAAGGCCCAACUUUACAAUCCAACUAAUAUACGAGAAUCCCUUGGGGAUAUUAUUCAAGGACUGGGUUCAGAGAUAAUAAGGGAAAUACCAACGCCAGAGGAGCUGCUUUAUACCUCAAUACAAGUGUUAGUUGGUUUGCCUGAGCAAACCGUCUCUUCAAUUAUCAAUCGGGCAUGUUCGCUUUAUUUGGCUUCGGGGGCGAUAAAUCUCCGUAUCACUCCGAGUGCUGAGGAGAUGUAUUUUCAGUUGAGAGCUCCUUGUAAGAAUGUUAGUGUGCCUUUGUUGCAUCCCGAGGAACUGAUCAAUGUUCCGGAGUUUGAUGUUAACAAAAAGGUUGUUAUUUUUGUCAGUGGCUGGGGUAGUGAUGGCAAUUCAUCGACAUAUAUUCAAGAUUUUGCCAAUGCCUAUAAUUGUCGUGGUGGCUAUAAUUUUCUGUAUUUAAAUACAUUCGAUUUCAUUCAAACCAUCUACACUUGGUCGGCCUUCAAUACUGAAGAGAUUGGCAACAUUGUCGCUGAAAGUCUUGUUAAACUGACUGAAUUCAUACCCGUGGAGAAUAUUCAAUUGAUAGGUCACAGUUUGGGUGGAGAAAUUGUUGGUCAAGUUGGGCGCCAUUUUAAACAAUUAACCGGACAAUUGUUGCCACGCAUUACCGGCUUGGAUCCGGCCAAGCCUUGCUAUAACAAAGGAGAACGUCUGUCGGUUAUUUCACGGGGAGAUGCUUUAUUCGUUGACAUCAUUCACUCAAAUCCUGGCGUUUUGGGUAAGGCACAAUCUUUGGGAGAUGCUGAUUUCUAUCCCGGUGGAAAGGAUCCUAUUAAACCAGGAUGUGUGCAAUUCGGGUGCUCUCAUGAACGUUCGAUUCGUUAUUACAUUGAAACGGUUUAUCCUGGAAAUGAGCGGAAUUUCUUGGCAAAACGUUGUAAUUCUUUGGCCAGUUUGAAUGGUGGUCGUUGUCGAGGACCUGAAUAUCCGCUGGGAUUUGCUGUGCCCCAUGAUUUGGUUGGUGAUUAUUAUUUGAAUGUGAAUGCUGAUCAGCCGUAUGGCAAAAAAGCUUCAGCUGAUGCAACUGUCCAACCAAAUCAAUGUGGGCUUUGUGAGAGCCAAUAAAAUGUGGAAAGUUGUGACAUAUUUUAUCAGUCUAACAAAAUAUUAAAUAUAUGCACACAAACAUUAUAUACAUAGCACCUGCACCGAAUGAUUUAGAGCACUUGUUAACUACAUGUUUAAAAUUAUUGUUAUAAUAUAUUCUAAUAACGAAACGUUUUAUCUUAA